AUCAUCCUCAGAAAUUAAUGGGACCGUGGUAGGAUGACUGGGCCCCUACCCUGCACCAGCCGUGGUGCCAGGAGUUCCCAAACAGCCCUGUGGCUGGGAACCAGUGUCAUAUUGUACAUGGGAAGACUGUCUUGGAGAGGUAAAAGUGGCUGUCCAAGGCCAUAUGGCUUAGAACAGGCAAAGCCUGAAUCCCACCCAGAUGCUGGCUCCAGUGCACCCACGUGCCUUCUGUCCCAGCUAGGAAUGGCACAGCAGCCGGGAGGCCUCCUGGGUCUGUAGAGCUGGGAGUGGGACUGGCAGGUCCCCUCAUGGCCACAUGAAAGCGUCUGAGCCCCUGGCCUAUGGAGGGAUAAGCCCUCAGCCCAGAGAUGCCUCUUCCCUGUGGAAGGAGUUUGGCUUUGACUUCUCUGGGCUUUGGACCUGCCUGAGGUGGGCCCAGCCCAUGCCCAGCACAGUACACCUGGGACUACAGGUGUCCCUUCCUGUCUUUCAGUCUUUGGGGAUCUGCCCUCCACCCUCUGUGGGAAGGGGUCAGUGGUGGAGCCAGGGCAGGCCUAGAACCCUGACCUUUGUCCUAAGAGUCUGCAUGGCCCUAGGUGUGUCUUAGGGGAGAAGGAAGAGGCUGGAUCCCAGCUCCAGCCUGCACUGAAUUAACUGCUUCCUGGGGGCCAAGGAUGUGUCUCUUCUCCAAACAGAGGUCUUCAGGAUAGAAUUUUUGGAGUCCAAGAUUCUCGCACCUUCUUGGAGGAAAAGAAGAGCCCCCUCCAAAUGUCAGAACCUACACCGGGCCACCCACAUUAACCCUGAGGACUGCCCCUCCCAGAGAUUCACCCCCCUCUUCUGCCAGUAUUGAGCCUCUAGCAAGCUCUUCCCUUCCUGGGGCAGAGACAGCUCCCACCUCUCCCUAGGCACAGGGAGUGAGUGAAACCCAGAACCGCGGUGCCCCUCCCAGGGACACAUACCACCUCAGCUCAUACCAUGUCACACACGGACCACGUGCUGUGUAUACACACAUGGUCCAUGGAUACACACACCCCUGUGACAGGGUGCACAGAGACACAGAUGCCUGACACACAGAGAAAUGAACCAUCACACAGAGACAGGGUCAUGGAAGUCCCACAGUGACAUAUGUGCUGUCAAGCAGGAACACAGACAGGCACAGAAUCAUGCAAGGCUGAGGGUGAGAAACCAAAUCUGUAACUGUGGCAGUCACACUCUUAGUCACAUCUACAGCUACACGAUCACACACACCCACACGUGCACACCCACCACAAUGCUACACAGUCACUUCGUUCCAUGCACUCCCACACUCACAGACAGGUACCUGGAGUACCUACACACUCACAACCACAUGAUUACAUGCCCCCCCAUACACCUUCAAACCCAUAGUCAUUCACAGACACGGCCAGCGCCAGGUCACCCCCAACCCCAGGCACACCAGAUCCCUUACUUGGUUGCACACACAGUCGAUCCCAGGCUUACUCACAUCCCUCCUGCCCUCCCUCCCUCCCAGGGCUAGUCCAAGAGCUGAACAAAAGCCCAGUGUCCCCCUCCCCCUCGCUUCUCCCUUCCCCUCCCCCCCUGGCGUCCAGCCCCUUUGUCCUCCCACAGCUGAGCCUGAGCAGGAGUCUGGGCAGAGCAGCAGGGAUAUUGAAGCCCGGGCUGCCAGGGGUGCGGGCAGCAGGCGCAGACCAGAGCGAGCAGCGGUCCCUGCAAGAGCAGCAGCUGCAGAGCCUCCGGGAGAGGGCGUGGCCAGGAUGCGGGAAGCCCUCGGGCCGGAGGAGUCGGAGCCGGGCUGCGAGGCGCAGUGCGCGGGGUCCUGCCACGCGCAGCGCGUCCUGCAGACCCUCAACGCGUACCGGCGGAGCGGCACCCUCACCGACGUGGUGCUGCGCGCCGGCGGCCGCGACUUCCCGUGCCACCGCGCGGCGCUCAGCGCGGGCAGCGCCUACUUCCGCAGCCUGUUCGCGGCCGGGCGGCCGGAGCGCGGCCUGGCCGUCGUGCCGGUGGUGCCCGACGCGCCGGGCGCGGGGCCGGCCGGGGCGGCGGCGGCGCUGGCCGUGGUGCUCGACUACGUGUACGGCGCGGGCGUGCGGCUGCGCGCCGAGGACGAGGCGGCCGCCGUGCUGGCGCUGGCCGAGCGGCUGGGCGUGGCGGGCCUGCGCGAGGCCUGCGUGCGCUUCCUUGAGGGCCGCCUGCGCGCCGCCAACAGCCUGGCGCUGCGCCGCGUGGCGGCCGCCUUCUCGCUCACCUCGCUGGCCGAGCGCUGCGGCCGCGUCCUGCGCCAGGCCUUCGCGGAGGUGGCGCGCCACGCCGACUUCCUGGAGCUGGCGCCCGACGAGGUGGCGGCGCUGCUGGCCGACCCCGCGCUGGGCGUGGCGCGCGAGGAGGCCGUGUUCGAGGCGGCCAUGCGCUGGGUGCGCCACGACGCGCCGGCCCGCCGCGGGCAGCUGCGGCGCCUGCUGGAGCACGUGCGCCUGCCGCUGCUGGCGCCCGCCUACUUCCUGGAGAAGGUGGAGGCCGACGAGCUGCUGCAGGCCUGCGGAGAGUGCCGCCCGCUGCUGCUCGAGGCCCGCGCCUGCUUCAUCCUGGGCCGGGAGGCUGGCGCGCUGCGGGCCCGGCCGCGGAGAUUCAUGGACCUAGCUGAAGUGAUCGUGGUCAUUGGCGGUUGCGACCGCAAGGGUCUCCUGAAGCUGCCCUUCGCGGAUGCCUACCACCCAGAGACCCAGCGCUGGAUCCCGUUGCCCAGCCUGCCGGGCUACACGCGCUCAGAGUUCGCCGCCUGUGCUCUCCGCAACGACGUCUACGUCUCUGGAGGCCACAUCAACAGCCGUGAUGUGUGGAUGUUUAGCUCCCACCUGCACACCUGGAUCAAGGUAGCCUCGCUGCACAAGGGCAGGUGGAGGCACAAGAUGGCAGUCGUGCAGGGACAGCUGUUCGCGGUGGGCGGCUUCGACGGCCUGCGGCGCCUGCGCAGCGUGGAGCGCUACGACCCCUUCUCAAACACCUGGGCGGCCGCCGCGCCCCUCCCGGAGGCGGUGAGCUCUGCGGCGGUGGCGCCCUGUGCCGGCCGGCUCUACGUGAUCGGGGGCGCCGGGCAGGACGGUGUCAACACCGACAAGGUGCAGUGCUUUGACCCCAAGGAGGACCGGUGGAACCUGCAGUCACCAGCACCCUUCUCACAGCGGUGUCUUGAGGCUGUCUCCCUCGAGGACAAAAUCUACGUGGUGGGGGGCCUCAUGAGCAAAAUCUUCACCUACGAUCCUGGCACAGAUGUCUGGGGGGAGGCAGCUGUCCUCCCCAGCCCUGUGGAGAGCUGUGGCGUGACUGUGUGUGACGGGAAGAUCCACAUCUUCGGCGGGCGGGAUGAUCGCGGGGAAAGCACAGAUAGGGUCUUCACUUUUGAUCCCAGCAGUGGGCAGGUGGAGGCCCAGCCAUCCCUGCAGCGCUGUACCAGCUCCCAUGGCUGCGUCACCAUUGUCCAGAGCCUGGGCAGGUGACUCAGACUUAGCCUGAGCCAGAAGGAGGAGAGGCGGGGGGACACAGGGCACACCUUUCUGCUUCCCUCAUGGCCCCUCCAAUGUAAAUAGCCCCUUAAUUUAUUAUCCCCUUUUCUUGUGGAAAUAAAACCUCAUUGGGUUUGUGUUCCAGCUUGAGCCUGCUUUGCCUAGAGAAGUAAU